GAAAAAAGCGAAUAUGCUUUGCUCUCAUCUCUGACAACCAAAAUCAAAAUCUUUCAUCUUCAUCCUCAAGCUUCGUCUCUCGUAUAAAAUCCCAUAAAUUACUCGUAUUAUUACUUUACUUUUAGUUUUCUUCUUCAACCAAUGGAGACGCUACAUCAGAUUUUCAUAACGGUUAUUGCAGCUUUUGUGUUCUUUGUCCUGAUUGCAAAGAUCGCAUCUUCAGCGACCAAUGGCGAUGAAUAUGAUCAUCGACGUAGUAGGAUCCGUGAUUUCAGUAAGGUUUUGGCGGAGGAGCUUAAUCCAAAGAUGGAGAAAAGUAUUAGUAAAAGGAAAAGUUUGAAGAAAGUCCGAUUUGCCGUCGAUCAUGAAGGAAGUUUAGUUAAUAAAGUCGUCGCCGGACCAUCGGAAACUAAACAGGUAGUGUUUGAGAGUAAACAUGAUGCAGAGAUGAUACGCUUCAAUGACGUCGGAUCGGUGGUGCAGUCACCGGAGGAAGAGUUUGGCGAUGUUGAAAAAGCUGAAUUCGAUGAUUGUAAGUCAAUGGCGGAAUCUGUUAGCCCUAGUGUUGUUGAACACGAUAAAACAAAAGAGGGAAAUACUGAUUCGAUUGAUCAGAAAUCAAGCCAAGCCACAAUGGUUCCUCACGAAAAUGCAGUUAUUGGCGCGAAGCUGCUGUGUGAUGAUGGUAUGGAAAAGAACGACGACGAAAGCUUGAGUGCCGUCGAAUCGGUGGUGAAGUCACCGGAGGAAGAGUUUGGCGGUGUUGAAAAGGCUGAUUAUGAUGAUUAUAAGCCCAAAGCGGAAUCUGUGAUUCAUAGUGUUGUCGAUGACGAUCAAACCAAAGAGGGAAAUACCGAAUUAAUUGAUCAGAAGCUAAAAGGGGUAAUGAUUCCUGAACAAAGUGGAGCUAUUGAUAACAAGCAUCAGAUGUGUAUGAAAUUGAAAUUGUUUUGUGAUGAUGGUAUUGAUGAAUCCGAGAAGGAGAAUGAAGGUCUGAUUUCCGAGGAAGAUGAUUCUUCAGAUUCCGAUGAUGAUUGGGAGGGAAUUGAAAGGAGUGAUUUGGAGAAGGUGUUUGCCAUGGCUGCAGAUUAUGGUAAACAAGAUGAUCAUCUACAGAGUUUAGGAAGUGACAUCCAGAUGCAAUUGUACGGACUUUAUAAGGUUGCUACUGAAGGCCCCUGUCAUGAAGCUCAGCCCAUUGCUUUAAAGCUCUCCGCACGUUCCAAAUGGAAUGCGUGGCAAAAGCUCGGGAAUAUGGAUCCGGAUGUGGCUAUGGAGCAGUAUAUCACUCUUCUUUCAGAGAAAGUUCCUGAAUGGUCACAAGGGAUUCAUUCUCUUGGAGCAGAUUUAUCUAGCUCAAGUACAACCUCAACCCUACUCACUUCUCAAAAUUUGAGAUUUCAUAUAAUAAGGCUAAUUAUUGCGGUUGACAUUUCUUCCACUACGAGAAAUGAAGGCUAAUUUAUGCUUAUGUAAUUAUAGUAUAUAUUUAUUAUUUUAGCAUUGGUGUGUUUGAUUUAAUAAAUUGUUUGAAUAUUGCUGUAUAUGAAGUUAAUUAUUUGUAUAGAUUAAUUUAAAUGACAUUAAGGAAAUACGUUUACAAAGGCAUAAAAUUGAAGUACACAGGCAUAAAAUUGAAGUACAC